AACUCCUAGUAUUCCAGUGUUGUGAGGAGCAGCGCCCAUGCAUGAAGGUCCGAGUGUUACUGUGGUGGAGGUCUGAGGAGCAAACCAAGACGCCAGUGUGAGGCAGUGAGGUGUUAUACACUCCAGUGAAAAAUAGAAUUGUUCUCUUUGACGUUAAACUGAAAACCUAAAAAAAUCUGCAUCAUAAAAUCUGAAGACGGGGAGAUAUUUCUGACGUUAGACACACAAAAAGGAAAGAAAGAAAGCGGGAGGAAAGUGUGGUUUAACACUAAACUGAAAAUAAAAACUUUUUCAUAUAAACAGGCGUGAAAUAGUAAGUCUGCUUCUAGUGCCACGCUCUUGCUCCUACACAGAAAGGCUUUUUGACUGAAAAAAAAAGAAAAAAAAAAAUCCAAACGAUUGUAAAAAACAAGAAAAAAAAAAAAAAAAAAAAAUCAGCUCUUCGGGGUGGCGGUGUAAUAACCGAGCGAGUGGGUGUGUGAGGAAUAACCUCUGCAUGUCCCGCCCUGAAGGUAGCGGCGGCCGGAAGAGCCAGCAUGGCGUGCAGGACGCGACUAUGGGUGUCUAGAGGGCGGCGGGCAGGCGCUUGGGUCGCGAUGGUCGUCAUGUUGUGUUUAUCAUCCGCGGCAGGUGAGUGUCUGAACCACAUCAGCGUGGCGAGAGGACUGGUGGUGAGAGGCGCCGGAGAUUCCUUCUCCGUCAUGGUGGCGGUGAAGGAGACAGAAGUCGUGGGUCACCUGCUAUACAGUGUGACGUGGGACGAAGAUGUGUCACCGUCCAUUCCCAGCCAAGGAGACUUUGCUAACUACUUCCAUGUGGACAACUCAUCAGCGAGGGAGUGGCGUGUGUCCCUGAAGGAAUCGCUGGUCGGGCUGCCUGACUCCCCGCUCCUCAAGACAAUAAUUUCAGCAUCAGUGGUGUUCCCGGCUUUCAGUGACGGUGACGUGUGUUCUGUGGUGCUGUCACAUCAUCUCCAGGACGACAACACACAGACGCCCGUGGUGGAGGCGUCUAGCUGGUUCCUACACAUCCCUAAGGACUUCCCGAUCGCCACGCCUCUGCAGGGACUCACGGUGACGGUAACGGACAAGGACGCCACGACGCCCAACAACCUGGUGGAGGUGGACGUGGAGGGCGUGUGUCCCCUGGUAGCGGGAAAAAGACAGUACGGAGGAGUGGCGGGAGAACAUCACCUCGUCCACUUCUACUUGACUUCGCCACUCGAGGAACUGGUGAACCAAACACUUGCCUGCACGAUUAAGGUCACGGACAUGGGCAGCCCACCGCUCUUCUCCCGCUCUCUGUUGACUGUUUACGUGGUAGAAGACUUGCCAAGCACCACCACCACCGCCACCACCACCACUAGCAACACCUUGGAGAUGGAGCUGCCUUUCUAUCUAGCGGAGGUCUGGCCCGGAAUGGAGGUCGGGUCCUUCCUAAACAUGUUCCCAGCGCCAGUGAAGGUCAAAGGUGAUCUAAUGCUGUCUCAGGUCACCUAUACCAUAAGGAACGCCUGGCUUGGAGUUAACGGGGCGGAGGUGUUUGCCAUCAACAGUCUGACGGGGCAGGUGUUCUUAGCGAGGAAACUGGACGAUUCGUGGGCGGCGGGAUGCGACAACACCUCCUCCUUCGUUCCCUUGGUCAUCCAGGCGAAGGACCAAAGCAGCAGGGUCACCACCGCCGUCCUGCAAGUUACAAUGAAGACGCAAGGCACAACCUCCACCGGCACGCUACCUUCCACCACACCUGCCCCUUCCCGCCACCACGACUCUUCCACCGCCUGCCCCUGCCUCGCCUCCUGGAGUAGAGGACAACGCCGGCUAAGCUUCACAAGGCUGAGCUACGCGGCGGAGGUGUUCUCAACGGACACCUUUGUGGGGAGGGUGGAGGCCAGGUUGGGGACGCGAGGAGGGUCCGUCCGCUAUUCCUGGGCCUCGCCAGCAAACGUCACUAGCUUCAUCAUCAACAGCAUCAGCGGUGUCAUCACCAUCGGGCCCCUACGGAGUGCCACCGGGUCACCACCUGCUAGCUGUCAAUGCUGCAGCUGGCCGCCUCCACGCCACGGCCAAGGUCAGCGUGCGAGUGCUGAAGGAGGAAGAGGUUGAGUCAGACGGGAGCAGCAGGCUAAGCGGGGUUCGAACCGACAGCGUCUGUGAGCCGUGGGAGCUGCUCGGCCUGCAGGUGGCCGUGGGCGUGCUGGCCGCGCUACUCGGGCUGGUUCUCAUCGCGGCGGGGAUUCUGGGCGUGCUGGUGUACAGGAGCGGCGCCACGACGCUGACCACACUGACCACCGACCGACCAGAUGUCAGGUUUGCCACACCGGCCACCAACCACCUCUAGUUAUCCGCGUCAACCUGCUCCCAGAUUCAGCAGAGCGGCAGCAGUACAUGACGAGGCAAUACACUGGUCAUCAUUUCCAAGAAUACAAGACAUGACUAUACACGCACCAAACCAAGCUGACAACACUGAUAUUUACCAAAAUAUAUGCAAAAACCACCAGUUAUUAUCUUGGCGAUGCUCAUCCAGGGUUAUCACGAGUCAUUGUCAUAGGUGGAAGUGUGAGUAGCCGAGAUGUGUCCAGACAUUCACUGCAGAAGGAAACCUUACAAGAUAUACUUGUGCAUCCACAUUGAUACAGCAUUUUACCAACUUUAGGAGACUGUAUAGAUACAUUUGUCUAUAACCCGCUGACUUUAGUGCCAGCCAAGUCUUGUUCCUCCACUGUUUACAAGAAAGUAAUCAGUCUCACAUCCUGCAGGAUGCCACGAGGCAUAUUAUUUUCAUCAAUUUCAUUUGAUCACAUUUAUUUUGAUCAUAUUUGACUUUACUUAAUUUUAUUUGACUCUAAAAAAGUGCAAGACUUUUCUUUAAUUGAGGAUUUAUUAUGGGGCAUAUAACUUUAGAUGUUCCGCCGCCUGAUGAUGGCAUUCCAGCAAUCAGUCAAUCAGGAAACAUGGUAGAACAAGUUACAACGAGAGCGAAAGUGGUCAGCACACCUGCCGCCAGUCAAGAAAGUAACAUUGAACUGAUUAGAAUUGAAAAUACGAGAACAGAUCCCCACCCGCAGCGCUAAUUUUAAAACUGAAAACAAUUACUAAUGAAAACAGUCGGCGGUCGCGAGUCCCGACAAAUUGAAUACUACAUGAACUAUGGAAUUAUUAGACACAAGAUGCAAUAUGCAACAUUCGCACUUGUUAUGAAAUCUUACCGUCUGGCUACGUAAAUAUAGCUUGAAAAUUUUUACAUGGAAACACAUAGUAUCUUAUUAAAAGGAAAACCUGAUUUUCUGUUAUUUCUUUAUUCAUUUGCAUGCUUAUUUAUUUGUGCUUUAAACUUAUUCAUAUAUUAAUCCGUUCUUAAAUUUCAGGUAUCAUUCUGAAUUGGAGA